CAGAGACACGUCGCAGGGAAGCGGCAGCAGCUUCCGCGCCCGGCCGGAGCCGCCGCCUCGCCAGUUUGCCAGGCAGUUUUGCCGUGCUAUGAGGACCUAAGAUGGAUCCAGAAGAGCAGGAGCUGUUCAGGGACUACAGAUACAGAAAUUAUUCUUCAGUGAUUGAAAAAGCUUUGAGGAACUUUGAAUCUUCAAGCGAAUGGGCAGAUCUCAUAUCUUCACUUGGCAAACUCAAUAAGGCUCUUCAAAGUAACCUGAAGUACUCCCUCUUGCCAAGACGUCUGAUUAUCAGUAAGAGAUUAUCUCAGUGCUUACAUCCAGCUUUACCUAGUGGAGUGCAUUUAAAAGCACUAGAGACCUAUGAAAUCAUCUUUAAAAUUAUUGGGACAAAAUGGCUUGCCAAAGACUUAUUCCUCUACAGCUCUGGCUUGUUUCCCCUGCUAGCAAAUGCAGCAAUGUCAGUGAGGCCUAUUCUCCUCGGUUUGUAUGAGAAAUAUUUUCUUCCUCUGCAGAAGUCCCUCUUGCCAAGUCUUCAAGCCUUUGUAAUUGGACUGCUGCCUGGAUUGGAGGAGGGGUCGGAAAUUUAUGACAGAACAGAUGCUUUGCUUGUGAAGCUGUCUGUACUAACAGGCCAAGAAGUGUUCUAUGCUGCUAUCUGGGGGAGUGUUCUGGUCAGCCCUUCUAUAAGACUUCCUGCUUCUCUGUUUGUUGUGAGUCAUAUCAACAGAGAGUUGUCUGGAAAACAGCAGAAGUACAUGCUGGGAACUGAUUAUAAGCUCACAGUAAAAUCUUUGCGUGUAUCAGUAUUGGAUUCAAAUGUUCUUGUGCAAAGAAACACUUUGGAAGUGCUUCUCUUCUUUUUUCCAUUUUAUACAUCUUUGGACUACAAUGAAAGUGCUAUUCCACUGCUCAGGUCUGAUGUAGUCCAUAUUCUCUCAGCAGCUACACAAACACUCUUGAGGAGAGACAUGUCACUAAAUAGAAGAUUAUAUGCGUGGUUGCUAGGCUCUGAUAUUAAAGGCGGUACUUUUGCUCCAGAUUCUGCAGCUUUUGAAGAUCAUGCCCUCUAUUUUUUUGGAAAAUAUUCCAAAGAUCUUUUAGUUGAGGCUUUGAUUGAAAUAUUGCAUCAGAAGCUCUCAGAGGCUGCCUUAGAAGAUCAUGCAUAUCUGAAACCUUUCCGUAUCCUAAUUAGUCUCCUUGACAAACCUGAAAUAGGGCCACAAGUUGUUGGGGAUUUGUUCCUUGAAGUGAUUCGAGCCUUUUAUUCUUAUUGCAAGGAUGCCCUGGGUUCUGAUCUUAAACUUAGCUACAGUCAAAGUGGCAAUGUACUUACAAGUGCGAUCAAAGAGAAUAGAAGUGCCUCAGAAAUUGUUAAAACAGUCAACUUGUUGAUCACAUCCCUAAGUACAGAUUUUCUAUGGGAUUAUAUGACCAGAUGUUUUGAGGACUGCUUCAGGAAUAAAUCCAUGCAGACAAGAUACCCUACUGAGAAUGUCAGCACUCCUCCUACAAUCUCAGAGCUCUGCACACUACUGUUGUUCCUUCUUGAUGUGAUUCCUUUGGAACUUUACUCUGAAGUGCAGACUCAGUAUCUCCCACAGAUGCUCAGUUACAUGGUACAGUCUCUUCUGGAGAAUGUGGAGACUCUAAGUUUACCAGAACUCACUCAUGCUUUAAAGACCUGCUUCAAAGUGCUUAGCAAAGUACAAAUGCCUCCUGCCUACUUGGAUAAUGAGACCGGAAGUGAAAACUCGAGCCCAGUGAAACAAGAAAACAGUGAUAUAACUUUAGAAACCAAGCCUGCACUACAGGAUGAAGAUGACACUGCUUUCGCUCCCCUCAAGUCUGAAGACAGUGGCAUAGGUCUAAGUGCCUCAUCCCCAGAGCUCUCUCAACACUUAAGAUUGCCAAGAGUGACUCCUGAAAGGGAUGAUGUUUGGAAAAAUGGGGGGAGUAUUCAGAGGACUUUGCAUUGUAUCCAAGAGUUAGUUGAUAAGUUUGCCAGUAAAUACAUUUUUGGGGUGCAUUUACAAGAUCCAGGAAAUGGCAGAAUUUCGAUAGCAAACAUGAGCAGAGGAGAGAAGAAAGAAAAUAAUUACAGAGUCGCUGAAAAUGCUAGCAAGAAAAAGAACCCCUGGGAAGGAAAGCAAAUUACCGUACCGCAGUUUAAACAAAUGCUUUCAGACUUGUUCACAGUUCGAGGAUCACCAUUUAAACAGAAAAGUCUGGAGCCUCUCUCCCCUGCAAACCGUGACCUUGGUAGCAAAAAGGGAAAAGAAGAAUGGGACAUUGAGCAGGUAAUGCUUGAUUUGGGGGACAUGAAAGAAGACUGCAGAGAGGCCUUUGCUGCUGCUUGUCACCUUCUACUGGAUUGUACUACUUUCCCAGUCUACCUUUCUGAGGAAGAAACAGAACAAUUGUAUUUAUCUCUGUUUCAAGUUCCUGGAGGUUGUGAUACCAGCUUCCCUCUGUGGCUUAAAUCCCUAAUGACGAUAUGCUGCUGCGUAAAUGACUGCUACAUUCAGAAUGUGUCCAUCUCCACGCUGCUUGAAGUUAUCAACCAUUCUCAGUCACUGGCACUUGUGAUUGAAGACAGAAUGAAGCGGUAUAAAAUCUCUGGACACAACCCCUUCUUUGGGAGACUGCAGAUGGUCACAGUUCCUCCAAUUGCUCCUGGCGUUCUAAAGCUAAUAUCAGAGAAAACAGACUUUUAUCAGAGAGUCGCUCAAGUACUUUGGAAUCAGCUGAACAAAGAGACAAGGGAGCACCACAUUACCUGUGUGGAGCUGUUUUAUAGACUGCACUGCUUGGCUCCAUCAGCUAAUAUUUGUGAAGAUAUUAUUUGUCAUACGCUAUUGGAUCACGAUAAAGGGACAAGGCUGGAGGCACUUUUCAGAUUCUCUGUGAUAUGGCAUUUGACCAGAGAAAUCCAAGGCAGCAGAGUCACUUCCCACAAUCGAUCCUUUGACAGAUCUCUGUUUGUGGUACUGGACAGUCUAAAUUGUUCAGAUGGUGCAAUUGGUGCUGCAGCACAGGGUUGGCUGAUACGUGCUCUCUCGCUUAAUGAUGUUGCACGAAUUCUUGAGCCAGUACUACUGCUGCUUCUUCAUCCAAAGACACAGCGCACAUCCAUCCAUUGCAUCAAACAGAAGAAUUCAGCAGAAGACUUACAUCAUUGGUUUAGCAAGAAAAGUGCCUCUUUCAAAGAGUCAUUUGGAGCCUCUGAGCUACAUGAAAGCAGUUCUGAAGAAAACAUACCACUGAGCCAAUUUACAACCAUGGACAGGGAAGCUAUUUGGGCUGAAGUGGAAAUCGAUCCAGAGACAUCUCAGCUAAAAAAUGGACGGUCUGAAAAUGAACCAUCCCACUGUACAGAACCUCCACAGGAUCCCAGUGGUGAUCAUGAUAACAGUGAACACACAGAAUCGGCAGAUACCAGCACAGGACCUAAUGAUAGUGAAAAUACAUCAUCUUUUUCAACUUCUCUGGAUCCACAGGAAAUGAGCAAUGAGGAGAACUGUAGAGCUACAAUGGACUGCAGAGAAAACAUGAAGAAUGUUAGUUCAUCUAAUACUUUCCCUCUUCAUGGCUCCAAAUCCAGUCCUAUGUUAAAUCUUGUGCGUGCAGACUCUGAGAAAACUCAAGCAUCGGAGUCACUAUCAAGUGAUGAGGAGGUGGACUUGGAACUCCAAGCAAUUACAACUUCUAGGCUGCUCAAGCGGCAGAAAGAAAAACAAGAGAUGAUAGAGGCUCUGUUUAAACACAUUCUCUUGUAUUUUCAGCCUUACGAUUCCAAGAGGGUUUUGUAUGCUUUUUCUGUACUAGAGGCAGUACUCAAAACAAACCCUAAGGAAUUUAUUGAAGCUGUAGCCAGUACUAGCAUGGAUACAAGCUCUACAGCUCACUUAAAUCUCAUCUAUAAUCUUCUAGCCCGGCACCAGGAAACUCUUGUGGGACAGAGCUUUUAUGGUAAGCUUCAGACUCAGUCACCAACCAUGUGUCCCCAUUCUUUAUUAAUAGAAUUGCUGACUUACCUCUGUUUGAGUUUUCUGCGCUCUUACUAUCCAUGUUACUUGAAGGUAACCCACAGAGAUGUGCUUGGCAACAGAGAUGUCCAAGUCAAAAGUGUAGAAGUCUUGAUUAGAAUGAUGGCGCAGCUGGCCACAAUGGCAAAGUCAGCAGAAAACAAGAAUAUCGAGUUUAUACACAACUUGCUUGGAAGAUGCAAAAUUCAAGAGUUUGUUCUUCUUUCUUUGUCUGCUUCUAUGUAUACAAGUCAAAAACGGUAUGAACUGAUGACAUCUGAUAAAAUUACGAUAAAAAAUAAAAUUUUAGAUUUCUUGAAUCCACUGACGCCACAACUUGGAGUCCAGUUAAUAUCAGCAGUAGCAGCAGUGUGGAACAGCAAAAAAGCUCAUAAGAAUCAAAGUAAAAUAAAGAUUCUUCCAGUGGCUAGUGCAUCUCAGCUUAUUCUUGUGGACUUAGUGUGUGCACUUAACACUCUGAAGACUGACACUAUAUUACAGCUGGUAAAAGAAGUUGUCAAGAAACCAUCCCAAAUCAAAGGCGAAGAGAAAUCUUCUCUAGUGGAUAUCCCAGUGCUGAAAUUCAGCUAUGCUUUCAUUCAAAGACUUCCUGUCUCAGCCCUGCAGGAGAACUUUCAGUCAUUGUUAGGAGUGCUGAAGGAAUCUGUGCAAUUGAACUUGGCUCCCCCUGGAUAUUUCCUGCUUCUGAGUACUCUGAAUGACUUUGUGACCAGAACUCCUAACCUGGAAAAUAAAAAGGAUCAAAAAGACCUGCAGGAGGUGACCCAAAAAAUCUUGGAAGCUGUGGGGAAUGUUGCUGGUUCCUCCCUGGAACAGACUAGCUGGCUGAGCAGAAACCUGGAGGUGAAAGCCCAGCCUCAGAUCUCUUUAGUUGAAUCCAGUGCUGAAGAUGACUUGUAUGAUGCUUCACUAGUACCAUCUUCAAUGGUGUCUGCCUCUGCUCCCUCAAUAUACAGUGUUCAAGCUCUCUCUCUUCUUGCAGAAGUUCUUGCUUCUCUCCUGGACAUGGUUUACCGUAGUGAUGAAAAAGAGAAAGCCGUGCCAUUAAUUUCACGCCUGAUGUAUUACGUAUUUCCUUAUCUACGCAAUCACAGUGCCUACAAUGCCCCUAGCUUCCGUGCUGGUGCUCGAUUGCUCAGCUCCCUAAGUGGAUAUGCCUACACUAAACGAGCCUGGAAAAAAGAAGUUCUGGAGUUAUUUGUGGACCCAGCUUUCUUCCAAAUGGACACUUCAUGCAUUCAUUGGAGGUCCAUUAUAGAUCAUCUUCUAACACAUGAGAAAACUAUGUUUAAAGAUUUUAUGAGUAUGCAGAGCAGUUCUUUAAAAAUGUUCCCAAGUUUUGAGCAAAAAGCAAUGUUGUUAAAGCGGCAGGCUUUUGCUGUCUUUAGUGGAGAAAUCGAUCAGUAUCACCUUUACCUUCCAUUAAUACAAGAACGACUGACAGAUAACCUCCGUGUUGGACAGACUUCUAUAGUUGCUGCCCAGAUGUUUCUCUUUUUCAGAGUUCUGUUGCUAAGAAUUUCUCCUCAGCAUCUAACCUCACUGUGGCCAAUCAUGGUGACUGAAUUGAUUCAGACAUUUAUACAGCUGGAAGAAGACUUAGCUGAGGAAGAUGAACCAUCAAAGAGCAACAGCAAAGUAAGCAGACAGAAAACUUCAGCUUCAGCUGAUGGCAGUGGCCCCUUACUUUCAGACAUACAACAGAACGAGCUGUCCUUGUAUUUAUCAGCUUGUAAGUUCCUGGACACAGCGCUUUCUUUUCCACCUGACAAGAUGCAGUUAUUUCAAAUGUACAGAUGGGCCUUUGUUCCAGAAGUGGACACAGAGACUUGUACCAUGACCUCUCAUCUAAUGGAAAAUCACCAAGAAUGUAAACCACAUAUCAUUAGAAUCAUGGACUCGUUAAAGCUGAAAUAUGGGGAAACAAACACUAAUGAGAGAACUUCAGAGAAAUGUGACUAUCCUCUUUUGAACCUUCGUUCUAUAUCCAGCAUCACACAGUUAAUGCCCUUCUUCAGGACCCUGAGCUGUGCAUUCAAAGCACAAGGUAACAGGUCCCAAAAUGCACAGAGUUCAGCAUCUCUGUCAGUGGAAUAUUCUCUUGGCAACAGCACAAGGAUCUUGAAACAACUAGAAGAAAGUGUUGAAUGUGACUUUUUGGAAAACCUGGAAAGUUAAGGCAAUUACAGGACAAUUCAUUUAUGUUGGUAUGAAUAGUGAAACCAAGCUACAACCUCAUUGUCAAAGAGAGAUUUGUUACUGGGGGUUUUUUGUUUUGUUUUUUGUUUGUUUGUUUUUCCUGCCACACACUCCCAGUUUUGAAACUGCAGUUCAGCUUUUUUUGGACUGGUAUAAAGUACACCUCCCGGAAUCUUGUUUCUUGCUUUGUGUUGAACUGUGAGGAUUUUUGCUCAGCUUCUGUGGAAGAGAAAGGUAACGUAAUUUAGUACCAGUGAUAACUUUUCAAUAUAGGCUUCUUCACAAUGGAAACACGAAUAGGAUUCAAGAAAACUUUUUGUAAUUAUAGUAGAAAUAUUUUGACUAAUUAAGGAAGGCAACAAAUUUACUAUUUAUCUAACCAAUUAGCAAGCUAAUAUUUUAAUCUGAUUUGGAGAACCUUUCUUCUAAAAGUAAAAAGAAACUAAUGUAACUUUCCAAAAAUUGCAUGUCCGUGUACAGUCAUCUUGCGUAUAUAAUUUCCAGAAGUUGUUUAAAUUCCGCUUAUAGUGCUCUUUCUUUAACAAUUGCCCAAACAUAUUUAUCUACUAAACUUCUACAGAAGUAAACUAAAUUACCAACAGGUGUAUUUUAUCAGCUUUAAGAUGAUGUAAGUAAUGUGCAGAUGUACUGCAUUUGUAAUCUCAAAUCUGUAUUCUAGUAAUAUACUCUGCAAGAUCAGUGAUUAUUUAAUUUAGAAGACAGACCUAUUCAGUAACAUUUAUUGUAAUUUAUAUCGCUGAAUUAAAUUAUUCCCAUAAUUCAAAAAGGGUCACUUUUCUAAAAUGAAAACUUUGUUCAGAAAUUGUUCUUUCAGAGACUAAAAUCACCUUACAGCUUUUGAAUGGCAAUUUAAGUAAGGUAGUCCUGUAAAAAUGUAAACUAUUAUAUAUAAGAAACGUACAGAUCUUGAAAUGUAUGUGCGUUCUGUCCUUCAUAGAGACUUCACUUUCAUAGGUGAUCAAAAGCAAAACCUUUUACAGUGUUUAAAGGCUCUUUGUACAGGUAAAUGUCUUUGCUGCUUUAGGUGGCACAAAAGAUAGGAGGAGACAGUUCAUGGGGCUGUGACUGAAAGGUUCAGGAGCAACCUCUGAAUUCUGGUGGCAAAGCAGUUCUGAUGGAUUUAGAGGAAAGGGAUUGACUGGCUUAUUCUCUCUCCACACAGUAAGGCUAAAUGUCUGAACUGCCUAAGAUGCCAUGUGUUUGAUCGGGGCCUCAUGGUGAGCAUCCUGGUAGUUACCUGCAGAAGAAGGAUUACAAGAGGUUUUUUUUAAUUGAGAAAGCAAACAUUCUUGAAUUUUCAAACUGCCUGUUAAUCCAAUGAAGUAUAAAAUCAUUAAGAUCAACAAAUAAGAUAAUAAAUUAUGUAGGUUGAAUUAUUUUUGAGCAUUUUACAUUUUUCAUGUUUGUCAGGGAGAAGAGCUUUACUUGUUCUGUUUUAGUACCUUCAUCUCUAAAGAUGUGUUUUUGUGCAAUAUUGUUGAGCAGUUGGCCACUGCUACUAGUGUUAAUUGGAAACCUCAAUGCCAAGCUAGACAUGCCAAGACUUUUGAUUUUAAACAUCGUAUUGCACUUUUCUAUUUUAAAAAGUCCUAGUAAACAGUAACGGUAUUGGACAGUGCAGACAGAGAUGUUUUUUUUUUUCCCAAGAUUUAUACAGAAACACAGGAGGCUACUCUGCAAUUCUUGCUGGCCUUCAGAUAAACUUAGGUUUUUCAUCUGUUUUGAUACAAAAUAAAAUGGUGAAACAUACACAACAUGCUUUACUGUAAUUGUGCUAUACCAUUGACUAAUGAAUAGUUAUUUACUCAUAGUCCUAUGUUGAACUUUAAUCAUUUGUAAACGUUGGUACAGUUAAGUGUAGUAUUGUUUACUCAUUAUGAAUGUGAAUUAUCAGACUUCGUUCUGAAUGUAACUUAUUGACAAAUUAGAUCUGUGAAAGCUGUUGGCCUAAUCACGGGUAAAAAGAUGUAGUAUCUCUUCAAGCAUAAAUCGCUAUCAAACUGGAGCAGAACAUUUAUUAAAGUUAAGUUUAUAUAUUA